CUCAAGUGCUGGGAAGUGUGCUUUCUUUAGGAAAAAUUAAGCAAUAGUCAUCUUUCACAUGUUCAAAUUUUCUCCAUUUAAGUUUAGAUUUUAGAACAUCUUAUGCAUAUAUUUACUAUGAAUAAGAGCUGUUAAUCAGGAGUAGUUAAUCAUUUUGAUUAUUUCAAUAUCCAAAAUAUCUUCCUCAAACUUGUUUAGAGUUUUUUUCUUCUCUCUAUUUUUAUUCGUUUCCGAUUAUAUUUUUUUAAAUUUUCUUCUUCCAUUAAAUGGAUCUAUUUAUUUACAUUUUUCCUAUUAUUAUUAUUUUUUUUAUUUUCUUCUUCUUCUUCUUCUUCUUCUUUUUUUUUUUCCCCCCUUUACUUUUUCCUAAUUAUUACGUGUGGGCUUAUGCACACGUGCGGUCAUUAUGUGAACUUUGGAAAUGAUCCGUGUGGGCUCUCUCUCUUUUCUACGUUUUCACAUGCGCUUUUUGGGUAGUAAGCAGUUUUAUUAUGAUUUUUUUUUUUUUUAUUCUAUAUUGCGAUCUUAUAUUACCCAAAACAAAAACAAAAAAAGGUUUAUGAUGAUCUUGUUAAAAAAAAAAUUAUGACGAUGUACUAAUUUAUUGUCUUUAAAUUUUAUUAAAGUUGCAGAAUAAAGAUCACUUGGAAAUGAAUUUCUAAAAACCUUAAAUGUUUUUCAAUAUUUAGUUCCUUAAAAAGUUAAAAAUAUUUUACGACUAACGGUUUUAGCUUUUUUAUAUUUUAAUGUAUGUGAUAAAUAAAAUAUUAAAAAAUGAAUCGGGAAAAAACUUUGACUGUUAGCUUCAAUGACAAAGCUACAUAUUGUCACUCAUCCAUAACUUAGUGACAUGGCUGAUUUGUCACCAGACUACGUUUUAACAAGGUGAGUGAUAAAAUUUUAUUUUUCACUAAACCGUUUAGUGACAAAUUAAAAUUUGUGGCAGUAGAAUAACUCUAGUGAAAAAUUUAAAUUUUGUUGCUGGAAUGUGGCUAGGGAGCAUAUUAGUUGUAGUGGGAAUACAGAGAAAUUAAAGAAAAUAAGCUUAUAUGUUAUGGGUUUAGUGGCUGGAACAAUCCAUGUUUCAUAUUAGGGAUGGUAGAAGAUAGGCUCUCAUGGUUUUGUGGUGUCAAAAAGGAUAAGAGUUGACAUAAAAGAGAAAGAGGGAAUUUGUGAAUUUAAGGAAACUAAUGAAAUAACAAAUUAACAAUAAUAAAAAUAAUAAUAAUGAAAGGGAAUCAUUGUCAUUAACAUUAUUCCAUCUUUUUUACAUGUCAUAAUCUGUUUCUGCUGCUUUGAAGUAUGAUUUUAUAUUAAUCUUAAACGGGCAUGAGUAGAUUGUAACUUCACUCCUUUGUAUUUAUUUACUAAAUUGCACAUUCAAAGGAACUAAGUGACCCUUCAACAUUGUUCCAUUUGCUUUCUUUUUGGUCCUUUACUCCAUGUUGCUGUAAUUUUCUUUUAUAUAUAUGUAUAAUAUAGUUCACCAUUUUUCCUACAAUGACUUAUAUAUUAUCCUUAUUAAUAUCAAUUGAUUCUCACUUGUUUAAGUGCUCGUAAGCUAAGCAUCUGAACCUCUAUUUCAAAUUAGCAGGAGGUUUUCCAUUACUUAACUUUACUUGAUUUUUUAGAAGCUAAGGAGAAAUGACAGAGAUCGUACUAACUUCUGUUAUUGGCAAGUUGGUUCAACUGCUAAUAGAAGAAGCAAAACUUUUCAAGGGAGCUCACAAAACAGUUAAAAAUCUAAAAAAUGAAUUGGAGCUUAUCUAUAGUCUCUCCAAAGAUGCAGAUACGAGGUGGGAAAAAGAAAGAAUGCGCGAGAGGUUGAAAGCCUGGUUGAAACAGCUAAGGGAAGAAGCCUAUGAGGUAGAAGAUGUCAUGGAUGAAUACCUUCUUCAUGCCACAAAACACCAUUACCAUAGACAUGGAAUAUUCCUCAGUUUCCUCCGAAAAAUUUCUCAUCAAAUCAAGGCCUUGAAUCUGAGCUACAGCAUAACAUAUCAGAUUCAAAAUAUCCAAACAUCUUUACGCGAACUCAAGGAUAGAGGUGAAACAUAUGGUUUGAGACCCUUUGAUCAGCAACGAGUUAUUAGUAGAGGGAUGAAAAAUGUUGAACAACAUCAUGACCCUCGACUGGCUGCCUUAUUUGUUGAGGAAAAUGAACUCGUUGGCAUCGAUAUCAAACGAGAUGUUCUGGUGAGGAAGCUGGUCAGAGGAGAAUCUACGCGCAUUGUAAUUUCGCUAAUAGGACAAGGAGGAGUAGGAAAGACCACUCUUGCUAAAAAGGUCUAUGACAACAAAGAAGUUAAAGCAAGAUUUAAUUUCCAUGCUUGGAUUAGCGUUUCACAAUCAUACAACAUAGAGAAGAUACUAAAGAGUAUUGCAAUGCAAAUCUACCCUGCAGCAAUAACAGAGUCCAUUGCAGGUGACAUGGAUACAUUGCCAAAGUUGAUUAGUAUUCUUAGACAAUCUUUAGAAACCAAGAGAUAUGUGAUUGUUUUUUAUGAUAUCUGGUAUAUCAAUUUUUGGAAAGUUAUGAAACUUGCAUUUCCGAACAAUGACGAAGGGAGUAGGAUCGUUAUCACAACAAGAAACGAUGAAGUUGCUUCUUCUUAUAAGGAAGCACCAUGUGAUUUUGUCCUAAAGAUACAGCCUCUAUCUCAAGAAUUGUCGUGGGAAUUUUUCUGCAAAAAGGCAUUUCGUUUUGAGUUUGAGACACGUUGUCCUAGAGAAUUAGAGGAGUUGUCUCUUAAAAUCGUUAAAAAAUGCCAAGGCCUACCACUUGUUAUCACCACCGUUGGUGCUUGACUUUCAACCAAAGAGAAGGUUGUAUAUGAAUGGCAAAAACUGCACGACAAUCGUGAAUCUGAGUUUGAAACUAAUCCGCACCUUUCGGGUAUCCCAGAAAUUUUAUCUCUCAGUUAUGAUGACCUCCCAUACCACCUCAAACCCUGCCUGUUAUAGUUUGGUAUACUUCCUGAAGAUUAUGCCAUUGAGUAUUUCACAUUAUGCAGAUUGUGGAUUGCUUAAGGUUUUGUACUGAAACAAAGAGACAAACGUUGGUCCAAGUUGCAGAAGAAUACUUAAACGAGCUCAUAAACAGGAACUUAGUUCAGACAUGGGUAAACUUUUAUGUAUCAACUAAAUCAUGUCGAGUACAUGAUCUGAUGCAUGAAAUAAUCGUACCAAGGGUCAAUGAGUUUGGCUUUUGUAAAAGUCUAGGUCACCAUGAACACAACUCGAGGUCCAGAGAGAAAUAUCGUCGUCUAUCAAUCUAUCACACUACAAAAACUGUUCUGCAGAAUGUAGAAGACCUUCGAGGAGUUCGAUCUGUUUUUCUUUUCAACAUUGAUAAAUUAGAAGUCAUUAAUGUUGAUUUGAUUAAGAAAUUCAAGCUUUUGAAAGUUUUAGAUGUUUCUAAUGCUCCUCUUUGUCAUCUCCCAGAAGAAAUGGGAAAGUUACUUCACUUGAAGUACUUAUCGUUGAGGAAUAAUAAACAGAUCAAGAUGCUACCAAAAUCCAUCGGCAAGCUAUACAAUUUGUAGAUCCUGGACAUCAGAGAAACUUGUAUAUUAGAUUUGCCAAUUGAGAUCAACAAGCUUUGGAACUUACAACACAUUUUGGCCUUCUGUCAUGAUUUGAAGCUCGCUGAAAUUUCGAAGGCAUUGCAGGGAGUGAAGAUACAUAAAGGAUUUGGAUGUUUGGAAGAAUUACAAACACUUCUAGUCGUGGAUGCCUAUCAAAGCGGGAUUGGUGCCAUUAAAGAGCUUGAGAAAUUGAAGAAAUUGAAGGCAUUGGGUAUUUCAGAAUUAAGUGCAGAAACAGGAAAGACUCUAUGUUCCUCCAUUGAGAAGAUGAACCAUCUUAAUUUAUUAAGCUUUCAUUCUAUCAACGAAGAGGAAAUCUUAGAUGUUCAACACAUUUCAUCUCCUCCUUGUUUCCUGACUCAACUUUACUUAAUUGGAAAAUUACAAAAAUUGCCAAAAUGGAUCAAGAAGGUUCAAAAUCUUCACAUACUUAACUUGUAUCACUCGAGGCUAACUAAUGAUCCAUUAAAACUACUAGAACACUUGCCUAAUCUAGAAUUUCUAGAUAUGCACCGAGCAUAUGAAGGAGAGGAAUUACAUUUUCAAGAGGGAAGUUUUCGAAAACUCAAGCACCUUGCUUUAGAAAAGUUGGAUGGAUUAAAGGUUUUGAAAAUAGAUAAAGGAGCAUUGCCUGUUCUUGAAAAUCUUUUCCUCGGACCUCAUCCGCUAAUGAAGGAGGUUCUAUCGGAUAUCAAACACCUAGAGAAACUAGAGUUUCUUAAAGCUUACGACAUGCCUAAAGAAUUUGUACUCGGAUUGCAACCAGAUGGAGGCAGAGAUUACUGGAAAGUUGAGCAUGUAGCAUGUGUUAUUUUCUGCUAUAAUGUUGUAGCUAGAAAUUAUGAGAGUUACAAACUUGGUGAUUCAGAAUUGUUGCAACGUUUGCAAGGAUGAAGAUGGUGAUGCUUAUGGUUAUAGAGCAUUGGAUUUGUGCAGUAUGAAAUGACAGUGAUUUUUGACCAUGAUGAUCUCAGUGGAUCAGAUUCGGCAAACAUAAGUUAUGUUACAUCAUGAACAAGAUGAUACCGUUUUGGAGAGAGAACGAGAAUCUGUUAUAGCGUUGUAUUUAGAUGACCUCUCUUUAGCGCUUCUUGCAUUUUUUUUUUUCCUUUUUUUUUUUAUUUUUUUUGGCUUUUUUGAAAUUCACAAAACUGGAAAGAGAAGGAAAUAAUUUAAAUCUUUCUACCCAUUUGAGCUGUGUAGUGAGAAGUUUUGAUGAGCUAUUGUAAUAAUGGUAUAUAUUUUCUGCUGGUCUUCUUGGAAGACUAUACUUUGAAAUACAGAAUUCCUGAUUGUUGGCUUGUAUUGAUUUCAGUUCCCUAUCUUCUCAUAAAAAUAAAACAUAUUGUCCGUGAUAUGGUAAACAAACACAUGCUGCCACUAUUCUGAACCUCAAGAAAAGAAACAGAACAGAAGCAAAUAAAGAAACGAAAGACGAAUCGUAGAGGGGGUCCUCCGUCACUGUGCCUUAGACAAAUAGACAGCCAAAAUCGUAUCCCUUGACAGUUGACAGUUGAAAUGGGUUUCUUUCCCCCCUGAAUCAUUCCCUCUGAAUCUGAUGGAGCUCCGAGCAAGAUUGGAUCACCCAUUGAUUUGAACACUCAAACAGGGGAGUUUCAGAAAUUUCUUUUAAUUGUUCCGAGCCAGAAAAAGUUCCUCCGUUGUAUGUAAGAAAAACCCAUCAUCUCCACGUAAAACCAUCUAUAAUGCAUUCAUCUUAUUCCUCAAUCUUCUUGGUCAUUCUCAUUUUCUUCUUCCACUUCAACUUUCUCUCGAACUCUCUGGCUUUCUUUCCCGCAAGCAAUGUCACCCUCUUCGGUGACGCUUACUUCAGAAACAACGCCAUUAGUCUCACUCAAGAACUCCGCUCCUGUUCUUCUUCUUCUUCUUCUUCUUCUUCUUCUUCUUCUUCUUCUUCUGGGGUUGGAAGAGCUUUCUACACAUACCCAAUUCGAUUUCUUGAUUCUAUAACCAACACGACCGCUUCUUUCUCUUCCCGCUUCUCCUUCUCGAUAACCCCUUCACCAUCACCGUGCUCUUCCGGAGAUGGCUUUGCUUUUCUGAUAACCCCAAAUGCCCAAUCUUUCAGCUUUUCAAAAGGGUAUAUGGGUCUUCCUGAACCGGGUUUAACAUCUCAAGCUUCGUUCUUUGCGGUGGAAUUCGAUACCAGUUUUGACCCUUCGCUUGGAGACAUCAAUGGAAACCACAUCGGAAUCGAUGUCAACACUGUCGUUUCUCUUGCUUCCAUUGAUGCGGUUUCGAGAAGAAUAGAUUUGAAAAGUGGGAGGAAGAUUACUGCUUGGAUUGAGUACAGAGACGCCAUGAAAAUGAUCAGGGUGUGGGUUGGUUUCUCUCCUAUUAGGCCUCCGACUCCUUUUCUUGUUGCCCAGAUUGACCUCUCAAAAGAAUUCAAGGAGUUCAUGUAUGUUGGAUUCUCUGGUUCUAAUGGCCAAGGCUCUGCAAUCCACGUCGUUGACAAAUGGAGGUUCAAAACUUUUGGUUUUACACCUUCUGUUAUUCCCAUUGAUACUGUUGAAGAAGGAGAUUGUUUGCUAUGUUUUUCAGAAGAUUCAAACGUUAAAAGACACCCAGCAGUUGAUCUUUCUCACAAAAGCAAAACGAGGGUGAGUGAGAUUGCUCUUGGAUUGGGUGGUUUAGCUGCAUUUGUUUUCUCCAUUGUUGCUAUUCUUGUUGUGAUUGGCUUCAUUUUGAUAAAAAAGAAAAGGGUUCUUGAAGGAAGAAGCAGAGAAGCCAUUGCUUCUAGAGAUCAGACAAAUAGGGUGCCAACAAGAUUGUCACUUGCUGAUAUUAGAUCGGCUACAAUGGGGUUUAAUCGAAACAGGAUCGUUGGACAAGGAGCUUCUGCAGUGGUCUAUAAAGGAUCCCUUCCAGUUGGAGGAGAAGUGGCUGUGAAAAGGUUUGAAAGAGGUAAUGCUUUUGAUUGUUUGAGAAAUCCUUUCAGUACUGAGUUUGCAACAAUGGUGGGUUGCUUGAGGCACAAAAACCUGGUCCAGCUUCAAGGAUGGUGCUGUGAGGGAAAUGAGCUAGUCCUUGUCUAUGAGUACCUUCCCAAUGGAAGCCUUGACAAGAUAAUCCACAAGAAAUCCAACACUGCGAUUGUUCUUUCAUGGAAGCAGAGACUGCACAUAGUUCUUGGGGUUGCUUCUGCUUUGGCAUAUCUUCAUGAGGAGUGUGAGAGGCAAAUCAUUCACAGAGAUGUCAAGACCUGCAACAUUAUGCUUGAUGGGGAAUUCAAUGCCAAACUUGGGGAUUUCGGUCUUGCAGAAGUAUAUGAACAUAGUUCCCUCACGAGAGAAGCCACAAUCCCAGCAGGAACAAUGGGAUAUCUUGCUCCUGAGUAUGUCUACUCUGGUGUCCCAACUGUGAAAACCGAUGUGUAUAGCUUUGGUGUGGUGGUUCUAGAGGUUGCAGCUGGACGGAGACCGGUUGAUGAUGAUGGAACAGUGAUCGUUGAUUGGGCUUGGAACCUGUGGGAAAAGGGCAAACUCAUUGAAGCUGCUGAUUUGAGGUUGGAUGAGAAGUAUGAUGGUGGGGAUAUGGAAAGGAUGCUAAUGGUGGGACUUGCCUGUGUGCAUCCAAACCAUGCCAAGAGGCCAACAGUGAAAGAAGCAGCUAGGAUUCUCAGAGGGGAAGCACCACUACCAGUGUUGCCAGCGAGGAAACCGAGGGUUAGUCUCCGACCUGUUUUGCCUAAUGAUACCGAAGAAAUACUGAAUAUUGGAGGAGCUCGUUCAAGUAAUGAUGAUCCUCCAUAUAUGACUCCUAAGAGCCAUUUUAGCAAGAAUGAGACAUAACACUCCACUUGAGUUUCAAAUAUAAAGUGUACGGUUUUUGUUGAAGAUUAAAAAUCAUUAGUUUAACCCCCGAAAAAAAAAAAAAAAAAAAACAUUGUUAGUUUCUUUGUAUAUUUCUGGUAGUAGGAACUAAGAUGAUUUUUAAGGCCAGCAUCAGAAGAACUAUCAUAAUGUCUUCGGGGCCUUGUAUACAAAUGAAAUGUAAAAAGAGGUUAUUGUUCAUCUUGGUCA